CUCAAAGACUCACUGAUCCGCGAUCCUCAUACAGAGUCCGAAAAUGGUCCUCGGUGAUGAUGAGAGAAGAGUUACUUUGUCAAAGACCUAAACUAAUCAUAGGCUAAAAGACCAUACGCUAGUGUCGCUUUUGAUUUAUAGGCAACAGCACUUUAGUUAACCAAUUAGUAGAUAUUGGAAACGAUUAUUUAUUGCCUAUAGCGCGAAGGUGAUGGGUAAUUAGAGAUAUUGGGAGAAGUUUUUCUUAACAGCUGCAACUUCAAAGUUAUGGAUUCCCGUCGGACUGCUCAACUACCUUCUAAGAAUUAGACACCGUAACCGGAUUUCACUGGUUGUUUUCUUUAACUUAUUUUGUCAUAUCCUUUUUGACGCAAAGACACACGGUUGACACUAUGUACCAACAUAGUAAUAAGAAAUGUUUUACAAUCGAGUCACUGGUUGGAAAAGACGUAAAUUGUUCGCCAGCGGCGGACGAACCCAUCAGACCGACAGCCUUGAGGUUUACGGAAUCAAUUCACUCCGCGCCCUUUGGGAGUUGCUUUCAAAACUCCAGCAGGGCUUUGUACAGCAGUCCAGAUAUGAUGUUCCCAGAGCCGGGGACACACACGAACAACUCUGGUUUGCCGCUGCAUCCGCUUCAGAUCCCAUCGCAGCCUUUCUUCAAUCCGCACCAGAGAGAAACCUUAAAUUUCUAUCCGUGGGUUCUACGAAACCGAUAUCUCGGACACAGGUUCCAAGGGGAAGACAACAGUCCAGAAAAUCUCCUCCUACACGGAGCUUUCUCCCGUAAGCCCAAGCGGAUCCGUACAGCAUUCUCCCCCUCCCAGCUCUUGCGACUAGAGAGAGCCUUUGAGAAAAACCAUUAUGUUGUAGGUGCUGAGCGCAAGCAACUUGCCAGCGGCCUGUGCCUAACAGAAACACAGGUGAAAGUCUGGUUCCAGAACAGACGAACAAAGCACAAGCGCCAGAAGCUGGAAGAAGAAUCCCCUGAGUCUCAACAGAAGAGAAAAGGCAGUCAGCAUGUCAGUCGCUGGAGGGUUGCCACCCAACAGAACAGCACUGAGGACAUCGACGUGAUCUCAGAAGACUGACUUUGUGAGGUCGUCAACAUGCUACAGGGUCUCUGCCACCAAUCACCUUCUCACACGCAGGUCUCAAAUUACAGGGGCCUUAGGCAGAGUUUGGUCAAAUCAUUUUAAACCAGGGAGCUCCAUAAGUACUGAAAUGAAAUGGUCAAAGUGCUGAAUGUCAAUGUUGGACACCUUUCAGAAUCAACAUUGAAUUUGAAUGGAGUUUCAACUCUUACUUUAUGGACUAUUUCCUGGACUGAGAUACCUAACCCAACACUCAAUAGAUGGACAUCAUGAACAGUUGAUAAAAACUGACUGAUAUGAAAUUGUGUGGAUGUUGAAGAGACAUUGUCAAAGUUUACAUCAACUCUUGGACUGAAGCCAGACUGGACUGUGGACACUAGAUUUAUUUGGCCUGUUGCUAUGCAGUGGCAUCACAGCCCUACCAAACUUAUGAAGAGACUCUUUUACUGCAACAUCCAUCUACCCUGUUAUCUAUGUACAAGAUUCUUCCUUAAGUUGCCUAAUCACACAAUAGUAACAUUGGAAGAGCAACCGAAAAUGUAUAAUUCGGCAAACAACUACAAGUGGGUUGGAUAAUUUGAUCAGACCCACCCAGAAAAGCUAACUACAUAUUAUUAGUAUUAUAUGUGGUAUAUUAUACUUGGAAACAAUUUGACUCUCACUGAAUCCUUUUGGCAGUUAAACGUAUUAUUUAUGUAAAUUGAGAAAACGUAUUCUAUGCAUCUGAUAUGUAUAUAUUUUGUUUAUGUUUUGUGUUUGAACAGGUGUUUAAAAGGUCUAAAGCCAUGGUCUGUGUGCUCAUUUAUAAUUAGUCUAUAGUCUGUUUUGCCUUUGGCAUUCAUUCCAGCCUCCAGACUAUUGCAGAAUGUAGAGCAUAGUGAAAAGAAAAGACCCGUUACAUCACAAUGACAUGGGGGAAAACAACAUUUACCUCUACUGUACAUUUAUUUCCGCAACCAUAAUCAUACCUGGAACAUCUUGUUAUGUAGCACUUGGUAGUGAAAUAUUAUUUUAGUUUUCUAGAUGUUAGAAAAAUGCACUAUAAUUAUACUUUAUUUUCCUAAACCUUCUGUCUGAAAAUUGUUUUGU